AUGGGCAACAUCACUAGCAGGCCCGACGACGGGUCGACGCCAUAUCUUAGGGACCAAAACAGACUGAGCAUAUCCUCGCUGGUGGUGACCAAUCCGCGGAGGCGCAGUUCCGUCAACAUUGUCCCGAAUGCAUUCCCAGCGAGCAGAAUAGUCGUUAGUCGAUUGUCCGGCGAAACAUCCCCAAUAGAAUACGUACAGGAUCCUGAAUCAUCGAAUAAUCUCACCGCCGCACCCAACUUUCUGCUCAAACUGAACGGCGAUGACGAGCUUAUAUUCACAUUCACGUUUGUAAUUCGCCAGUCACACGUACCUGCUGCUGCAGAUGGCCGGCCGGCUACUUCAGAUACCAAUAUCUCUGGCCUAACAUUUGUUUACGCCUCUACCCCCAGAGAAGUUUCGAAUCUUGUCACACGAGAAUUCCAUGCCGAUCCAAACCUUCACAAGAACGCCAAUGUAGAACUCGUGGGCGAUUAUAGCACAGGUGGCAAUUCAUCUGUGACAUUUGAAUGGACUUGGAAGUGGAAACCCCCCAAGCCUGUUGAGGACAAAGGGGGCGGUUGGAGGAACUGUUGCAGCUUUGUCGAAUACGACCCUCGAGCCCACCGUUUAGAUACUCUGGCGAGCUUCUCCUACUUUGUCUCUAGUCCAGGUUUACCCCUGAGUAACCCCAGUUCACCUUCGCCGCAAUUCCUAUUGAGCUCGCCUCCAAAAAUUCGAGUUGCCUCCACGCAGUCGGUCGAGUCUCGAUUAACUGGGGUCGAUGUUGAUGAGCCCGUCUCUCCUCUUCUUGCACCGAAUGAAAGCUUGUCGCAAACGAACACGAACCAGAUGCAAGAGCCUGUCAAGGUUGAUGUUCCAUGUCCCAAGUACGACGAUGAUGUCACUGUCAGUGAUGAUGGUCCCGUCUUUCGGGCGACUUUAAAAGCGCUGGAGCAAAAGACUGGCAAUAUGCGAGUCCAGAUGAAGAAGGUUCUAAAACGAGCAGAGCAUGCCCAUUUGCAGCAAACUGAGGCCAACGAUGCUUUUGUUUCCUUCAUGGAAGCUCUGCGAGAAGCGUCUUCUACCAAUGCCAACGCCUUCCAACCCGCUUUGGAGCACUAUUUUGAUAAAAUCGCACGCGAAGUCGUGGCCUAUGAACGCCAGAAUACAGCAAACUUACAAAAAAUUAUUAUAGAACCGCUAAACAAGCUAUAUCAACUCGACAUCAAGCAAGCUGAAUACAAAAAGCGCGACUUUGAAGAAGAAAGCAAAGAUUACUACGCAUAUGUAUCUCGGUAUCUGGGUCAGCGGCAGGAUUCGGGCAAGGCGAAGAAACUUGCGGAUAGUGAUUCAAAAUACCAAAACAAGCGACGAAAUUUUGAGCUGAAGCGAUUCGACUACUCCAGUUUUGUGCAAGAUCUUCAUGGUGGUCGCAAAGAGCAAGAAGUUCUUUCUCACCUGACAAAAUACGCAGAUGCACAAACAAAAGGCUAUCUGGCUACUGCAAAAAGGAUUGAGGACUUCCUUCCACAGUUGUCGGCGCUUUCUUCUGAAGUUCAAGAAGCAGACAAGGAGUACCAAUAUCGACGUCGAGAGCGGGAGGAGAAACGACGACAGCUGGAAAAGUCCAACACCCCUUAUUUGGAACCAGAACAAGCAAGCCUGCACAGUUCUGCUCCGUUGUCCUCGAGCCUGAACGGUAAUGCCGGAAAUACUUCUGACAGCGAACUUGGCCGUGCUGAUAGCACAGGCUCGCAAAUUAAGAACGCCAUUGCUAUCGGCGUUGGUGGCCAAGGAAGCGCGACCCAAGGAGCCGAGCUAUCGAGAUCUCCUGGUAGCCAAGGCCAGUCGUCGUUGUCUAGCUCCACACCGGGGGCCAAGUUCAAAGGCUUCCGAGAUCUUGAGGAGCGAGAUACAGCACAGGGUGUGGUGAGCCAACGAAAGGAAGGUCUAUUGUGGGCGCUAAACCGACCGGGUGGCCAUGUUGAUCCACGAAACUUGAACAAGCAGGGAUGGCACAAAUUUUGGAUUGUUUUGGAUCAAGGAAAGCUAUCCGAGUACAGUAAUUGGAAGCAGAAGCUGGACCUCCACAUGGAUCCCAUCGAUUUGCGAAUGGCUUCUGUACGUGAGGCACGCAAUGCUGAACGCCGAUUUUGUUUCGAGGUUAUAACGCCAAACUACAAGCGUGUUUAUCAGGCAACAUCUGAAGAGGACAUGAACAGCUGGAUUCUGUCGAUAAACAAUGCAUUGCAAAGUGCGAUGGAAGGCCGGGGCGUUCCGGAACCCUCAUCCUCGUCUAGGACACCUGCAGAUUCGUCUCUUAAGAGGGAUAUUGGCUCUAUUUUGACGGGCAAAACACAGCACUCGGGCCAUGGUCCACUACACCAUCAUUCGACCACAAACGCGGGAAUGCCCCAGCGCAGAAUAACAGUCGGCGCCCGGCCUGGCGCGGUUCGCACGACGAGCUCAGGGUAUGAUGAGAACCCAGACAAGCUGCUGCAAAUGGUUCGAAACGCGGAUCAGGGUAAUUGUUGGUGUGCGGACUGCGGCUCAGGGUCAAAAGUGGAAUGGGUCUCCAUCAACCUGGGCAUCAUUUUGUGUAUUGAAUGCAGCGGCAUUCACCGGUCUCUGGGUACACAUAUCAGCAAAGUCCGAUCACUUACACUGGAUAUCAAGUCAUUCACAAUCGAUAUUGUCGAAGUCCUCUUGCUCAUUGGAAACAGGGUAUCAAACAUGAUUUGGGAGACUAAACUGAAUCCGUCUCAGAAACCAAGUCCGCAAGCGACUCGAGAACAACGGUUGAGGUUUAUCACUGCCAAGUACGUGGAUCGGGCAUAUGUUGAGCCAAUCUCGACAACACUUUCAAGAUAUGCGACCCCGGACGAGACCCUGCUGGCGGCUAUCAAAAAGAAUGAAAUUCAGCAGGUCAUGUACGCCCUGGCACUCAAAGCCAACCCCAAUGUGGUCGAUAAGAUGAGGGGGACGCAUGCAAUCUGGCUGGCACUUGCAGCAGCAGAUCCAGCACAGCCAUCGCUGACAUCGAGCGUGAACGCCUCCGAGACAGAUGUUAAAGCUGUUCCCUUCCCUGUUGCUGAACUCCUCACCCAGAAUGGGGCAGAAAUUCCAGGAUCAAUGCCCGCUUUCCCACUUGGCCGAUUUGCCCAGCAGUACUACGAACAGAAGAUGGGCAGAGGCAAUAAUCCAGGACACGACGUCUUGGGCUCUCUACCCCUUCACCUGAGCUCAAGCGAUAGGCCGCAGCGAGAGAGGGAAGCUAGGCUACAGAAACGUGUGAGUGCUGGAGGGCGACUAGCAAAGUCUCCCAUACCCGAAAAAUAG